AUGGCGAAUAUUGCUGCCAAACGUAUAAAAAGAGAAUUCAAGGAAGUCAUGAAGAGUGAGGAGGUAGCAGGUGGUGCAAUUAAACUGGAACUGAUUAACGACAGUUGGACAGAGCUUCAAGGCGAGAUCGCAGGUCCAUCUGACACUCCUUACGAGGGAGGGACCUUCAUCCUAGAGAUCAAAGUACCGGAGACGUAUCCAUUCAAUCCGCCCAAGAUCCGUUUCGUCACGAAGAUCUGGCAUCCGAAUGUGUCAUCGGUGACCGGCGCUAUAUGCUUGGAUAUCUUGAAGGAUCAGUGGGCGGCGGCGCUGACGCUGCGGACGGUACUGUUGUCUCUGCAGGCUCUGCUCUCGGCAGCGGAACCAAACGACCCACAAGACGCGGUAGUGGCCAAGCAAUACAAAGAGAACCCCCAGUUGUUCCACAUGACCGCGAGACAUUGGACGAACGUGUACGCCGGCGGACCAGCCAGUAUUGUGGAGUUCAACCAGAAGGUCCAGCGCUUGUUGGACAUGGGAGUAGACGAACACGACGCCCGCGUCGCUCUCUCCACAUACGACUGGGAGCUGGAGCGCGCCACCGAGCAACUCUUCAGCUAG